AAGGUUCAUCGCACCAUACCCCAAUUGUGUUCAAAGUUUCAGGCCGUUCGCUCUCUUUCCAACUUCAGUUUCCCGCUGUUCUAUUCAAAUAGUGAGAAAUCCUACACCUUUCAGUUUUUCAAUCGUUUGGACGAUAAGAUUAAGGCCUUCCAAUCCUCAUUCUUGAUAUUGGACUACAACAAGCCCCAUACCACUGAACUUUUUCCUUUCUUUUCUAUUUCUUGAUUUCUCACCUUGAGAUUGAAUCAUUUGGAGUUGGGUUCUUGGUAUUUAGGUUUCCGUGUAAUCUUUGGAGGACUUUUUUUCACCCUCCUUCGUUUGAUCACUACCUUCUGUUUUUGGACCAUAGUACUACAUUACUUAGCCGAGCUUCAUAGACAACGCAUUCGAAUACAUCUUAUCCGGAUCAAUCCAACGUUCGGAUAACUUCCCAAUUCUAUUUGAAUAAGAAGGGAGAAGAGCUUCUUCUAUUGCUAAGAUGGACAGGGUUCUUAAAUUGUCCUCCCAAAACGCAGUGGUGAUCUUUAGCAUGAGUUCAUGUUGCAUGUGCCAUACGAUCAAGAGGCUCUUCUGUGACCUUGGGGUCCAUGUUGCCACUCAUGAGCUUGAUGAGGAACCAAGAGGGAGGGAAAUGGAGAAGGCGCUCAUCAAGCUAAUGGACCAAACCCCACCUGUACCGGCAGUGUUUAUAGGCGGUCAACUGAUAGGGUCUACCAAAGAGGUUAUGUCUCGCCACCUAAGUGGUAAAUUAAUCCCGUUGCUUAGAGCAGCUGGAGCUAUUUGGCUUUAGUAUUAUUAAAUCCGGCUAUGAUACCAUAUGCAAGAGAACGAGUACUUUACAUGUAUAGAGGUUUCUUGCUUUGGUUAUGCAUUCCAUAAGGGAAUGUUAUAUAAGUAAAAUAAUAAUAAUAAUAAGUGCAUAGCAGUUUUAGCUUUUUCUUAUGUUUUACAUGUACUAUCUUAUCCGUUUUGUUGAGUUGGAAAUAUUAAUAAAGAGUUACUUAUCUCUCUUGCU